AUGGAGGAUCAAAAGAUGUAUGUAGUUGAAGUUGAGAAAGCUAAAGAAGGGAGAUCAAAUGGAAGACCUUCAAGAGGGCCUGUUUAUCGUAAUGUAUUAGCCAAAGAUGGUUUCAGGCCUUUAUCUCAUUCCCUUCAAAGUUGCUGGGAUAUUUUCUGUGAGUCUGUCAGAAAAUUUCCAGAUAACCGAAUGUUAGGUGAGCGGGAAAUGUCCCACGGUCAGGCAGGUAAAUACAUUUGGUUAACUUAUAGGGAGGUGUAUGAUCUAGUGUUAAAAGUUGGAGCUUCUAUGCGUGUCUGCGGUGUUAAGCAAGGUGGAAAAUGUGGUAUAUACGGGGCCAAUUGCUCCAACUGGGUAAUAAGCAUGCAGGCCUGCAAUGCUCAUGGUCUUUAUUGCGUCCCCUUAUAUGACACUCUAGGUGCUGGUGCAGUAGAGUAUAUCAUUUGCCAUGCAGAAGUUUCUGUUGCUUUUGCGGAGGAAACUAAAAUUUCUGAGGUGCUGAAAGCUUUUCCUAAUGCUGGAAAGUUCCUGAAAAGUCUCAUAAGCUUUGGUAAGGUCACACAGGAACAGAAAGACAUGGCUGGAAAUUUUGAUCUGAAGUUAUAUUCUUGGGAUGAGUUCCUGUUGCUGGGAAUGCAAGAGAAAUUUGAUUUUCCAGCUAAAAAGAAGACAGAUAUAUGCACAAUCAUGUACACAAGUGGAACAACUGGUGACCCAAAGGGAGUCAUGAUUUCCAAUGAGAGCAUUCUAUCCCUUAUAUCUGGAGUGAACCACCAUAUGGAGACCGUGGGUGAAGAGUUCAUUGAUAAGGAUGUAUAUUUAUCGUACCUUCCUUUAGCGCACAUAUUUGAUCGAGUCAUUGAAGAAUUAUUCAUUUCUAAAGGUGCCUCAGUUGGUUUUUGGCAUAAGGAUGUUAAACAAUUGAUUGAUGACAUCAAAGAGCUAAAGCCAACUGUAUUUUGUUCAGUUCCGCGUGUGCUGGACAGGAUUUAUUCAGGUUUGGUGGAGAAGAUUUCAUCUGCUGGUUUCCUUAAACACAAACUGUUUAAUUUUACUUAUAACUACAAAUUGGGCAACAUGAGUAAAGGGUAUAGGCACUCAGAGGCAGCUCCUAUUUUUGACAAAAUAAUUUUCAACAAGGUGAAGGAGGGUUUAGGAGGAAAUUUGCGUCUCAUUCUAUCGGGAGCAGCUCCUCUCUCUUCCACUGUUGAAACCUAUUUACGAGUUGUAACAUGUGCUAAUGUUCUUCAAGGAUAUGGUUUAACGGAGACCUGUGCAGGCUCAUUUGUUGCAAGACCAGAUGAAUUGGCAAUGGUUGGCACUGUUGGUCCUCCUUUACCAAUUAUAGAUGUGUGUCUAGAGUCUGUUCCUGAAAUGGGGUACGACGCCCUUGGAGAUACCCCUCGUGGAGAGAUAUGCAUAAGAGGGAAGUGUUUAUUCUCAGGAUACUAUAAGCGUGAAGACCUCACCAAGGAGGUGUUGGUUGAUGGAUGGUUCCACACAGGUGAUGUUGGUGAAUGGCAGCCGGAUGGGAGCAUGAAAAUUAUUGACCGCAAGAAAAACAUUUUCAAGCUCUCCCAAGGAGAAUAUGUUGCAGUUGAGAAUCUGGAGGGCAUUUAUUCUCUUGCCUCUAGUGUGGAUUCAAUAUGGAUCUAUGGUAGUAGCUAUGAGUCAUUUCUUGUUGCUGUUGUGAAUCCCAAUAUGGAGGCUCUUCGUUCCUGGGCCAAUGAGAAUGGAAUGACUGGGGAUUUUGAUACUAUAUGUGAGAACCCAAAGGCAAAAACAUAUAUCCUAUCAGAACUAACCAGUAUUGCUAAGGAAAAAAAGCUGAAAGGCUUUGAAUUUAUCAAAGCUGUGCACCUUGACCCUGUACCAUUUGACAUGGAGCGUGAACUUAUAACCCCAACUCACAAGAAAAAGAGAGCCCAGUUUCUCAAAUACUACCAGAACAACAUUGAUACACUGUACAAAAGCACAAGAUAAACAGCCAGACACCUUGACUUCAAGUUCGAGCUGGAGAAAAGUAACAAUGUAUAUGAUGUCAAAUUCUACAUGCAGUUUUAUCUUAGCUAAUAUUUAUCAGUUGUAAUUCAUUGUUCAUUGUACCUUAUAAAACUCC